AUGGAGCCAGUUCAUCAUGUCACGACCUCAUCGAAGGUCCUCUUCAGAAAGGUCCGCAACAUCAUACCGCCGAUGUUGGAGAAGUUCCACAAAGGACAACUCGGUCGUGUGGCAGUCAUUGGCGGUUGUGCCGAUUAUACUGGUGCACCAUACUUCUCGGCCAUCGCAUCGGCCAAGCUAGGAUGUGACAUGAGCCAUGUUCUCUGUGAACGCUCCGCAGCUCCGGUCAUCAAGGCAUAUUCGCCGAACCUAAUGGUACACCCAUUGCUUCCCAGCACAGACACAGUCAAGAACCCCAAGUCAAUCGAUGCACCAGCCCUCGCAGGCCCCAUGAUCGACAUGCUUUCCCGCCUACACGCCCUCGUUAUCGGCCCCGGACUUGGCCGCGAUGGCGUCACCCUGAAGGUAGUCGCCGAGGUAAUCAAAGCAGCACGCUCACGGUCUAUCCCGUUCGUGCUCGACGCAGACGGGCUACUAAUCGUGACAGAGGACCCCAGCCUCGUCAAGGGAUACAAAGAAUGCAUUCUCACCCCAAACGUUGUUGAGUUCGGGCGUCUGGCGAAGGCACUGGGGAUCAAGGUUCCCAGCCAGGCUGACGUCGAGAAAGAAGGAGGCGACAAGACAAGCAAAGUGUCCGAUGCAUGCCAGGAGCUUUCCAACGCACUGGGGGGCGUUACGAUUGUGCAGAAAGGUCCUCGCGAUGUGAUCUCCAAUGGAACUACCAGUAUCAUCAAUGACAUCAAGGGUGGACUGAAGCGCAGUGGCGGCCAGGGAGAUACACUUACCGGAUCUCUGGGCACGAUGCUUGCCUGGCGAGCGGCAUAUCACGAUAAGUUGUGGGACUCGGGCGAGAAAGAGAAUGAGAAGGAGGCGCAGAGCAGAGCGGAGGUGCAGGCUGAGCUGGAGUCUGACGCACGCAUGUCUCCCGGUACUACCUUGCUUCUGGCUGCGUGGGCAGGUAGUAGCAUUACAAGGGAAUCGUCGCGGAAGGCUUUCGAAGAGAAAGGGCGGAGUAUGCAGGCCAGUGAUCUUACUGAUCAGGUGCAUGGGAGCUUUUUGCGACUGAUUGGUGAGCCUGAGGAAGCUCAGUCUCACCUGUAA